AAGUCUUCAGGGGUCGACGAGGCUUCUGGAGACGGUGAGUGAGUGUGUGUGAGCGAGGCGCCGUCGGCGAGGCCCGUGCCUCCGCUCAGCUCAAAUGGAAAAUCAAGCCCUCCCGAUCGCAAUUAGGUCUUCCGCAUUAUCGUAGUUGCAGCAGCAGCUCUCUUUCCUACAACACCAGGAGAAUCCUUGUGUGUGUGUGUGUGUUGUCUUUUUAGCGAGAGCGCGAGAGAGAGAAAGCAAAGCUGCUUUCGAACUACAAACGAACUGUUGUUGGAAUAAGUAGGGUGAUUUGUGAGCGGCUCCUCUUUGUUUGUUUUGCUGGAGCUGACACCAUGCCGAGAAAGUCGAAGAAGAAAACGCUGCUUGACGAUGGUGAGGAGGAUAAUGCGGAGGUUGAUGUUAACGCGGAGUGGAAAGUGAACGAGAAUUUUGCGAAGCGGUUCACGCACAACAAGCAGAGAGAGGAUUUGCACAGGUUGCAGGAGCUUAAAAAGAAGGGCUGGGCAGGGUCGGAUUCUGAUGAUUCUGAGUCGGAGGAUGAAGACGAAGACGGGCUGUUGCCCCAGAAAACGGACAUCCAGAUUUUUGAGACGUUGGCAAAGAUCAAGAAGAAAGAUCCGAUUAUUUACAAACCUGACGUCAAGUUUUACGACGACGUAGAUGAUGAAGGGGAGGAUGGCAAUGUUGGAACUGUUGAGAAGAAGAAAAAGCCGCUUUAUUUGAAGGAUGUGCAAGCACGGCAAUUGCUCGAUGGAGAUGAUGACAACGACAAGGACGUGCCGAUUAAGAAACCGCCUAAAGUCGUUACGUAUGCAGACGAACAGGAAGAGCUGAAGCACGCUUUUCUGCGGAGCGUGGCACAGGCGGAGGGUGAUGAGGAAGAUGAACUUUUGAGAGUGAGGCAUAGGACGAAAGAGGAACUCGCCAAAGAUGCAGAAGAGACAGCGGUAGCAGUUGAGGAAGCAGAGCGGAGGAAGAAAGACCAGGAUAUAUCGAAGAAGCUUGAGGAUUACUUCGGAAAGAAGGACGAUGAACUAGACGAGAAUGAGAAGUUUUUGAAGGAGUUCUUUUUAAAUGAAGGUUGGAUAGAUAAAGAUAGAAAUCGUGUUCCUUCCUACAGAGAAGUUGUUGGCUUGGAUGAGGAUGAAGAGCACGUGGAGGAGCAAGAUGAUUUCGAGAAGGAAUACAAUUUCAGGUUCCAAGAGAAUGCUGGAGCUCAAGUCAUGGGCAAUCCGAGGAUUGUGGAAGGCUCCGUCAGGAAGAAAGGAGAAGUGCGAAAAACACAAAGGCAAAAGAAGGCUGAGCGGUUAGCAGAGGAGAGGAAAGCUAGAGAAGAAGAGCUCAAGCGACUCAAAAACUUGAAGAAAAAAGAGAUUAUUGAAAAGCUGGAGAAGAUCAGGACAGUUGCAGGGGCAAAUACUCUUUUGACAUCAAUAGGAGAGGACGACAUAGAGGAGGACUUCGAUCCAAAUGAAUACGACCGCAAGAUGCAGGAAGCCUUUGGCGAUUCUUACUACCAGGAGGAAGACGCAGAAAUCGGAAAUGAACUGGAAGAGGAUGAAGGUAUCAUUGAGAAACCCAACUUCGAUGAAGAGGAUGAAGAUCUUGGACUACCGAAAGAUUGGGGCAAGAAGGGCGGAUUUGCUGCUGUUCAUAAAGCUCAAAAGGUGUCAUUUAAAGAUAAGAUAGCAGUUGAUAAGAACUUGGAUGAGUACUAUAAGCUGGACUACGAGGAUAUGAUCGGCGAUUUACCAACCAGGUUCAAGUAUCGUGAAGUGAAACCAAAUACUUAUGGACUCGAUGUGGUGGAUAUUUUAACUGCGGAAGACAAAGAGCUUAACCAGCAUGUUUCUAUCAAGAAAUUGGCUCCAUACCGUGGGGAAGAGUGGGAGGCUCCUAAGUAUAGCACACUGAGUCAGAAGGCAAGGAAGAAGCAAGCACUGCAGGAUGGUUCAAGCAAACCUGCACGAAAAUAUUUAAAUAAGAGACCUGAUGAGAGAAAGAAAGAGUGGAAGAAAAAUUCUGCAGCCACGCAGAAGGAGUCUGCUCCAGAAGCAGCUUCGAAAGUUGUGAAGGAAAGUGAACCCAAUGGUGACACCACGGUGGCUACCGAGCCGGAGGGUGAGAAGAAGAGCAAGAAGAGGAAGAGGAAGAAGACAAAGUCAGGUCCUCUUUCAUUUUUGACUCCCUCUAGGAUAGAAGCUUAUGGAGCACUACCCAACCCUGAGAAAAAGAAGAAAAAGAAAAGCGUAGCAGGGUGAGAAUCAGUUAAUGCUUGUAUAACAGUAAGGGCCGAGUUUCUGGUGAGUUCAUUUUUAAAAACCUCAACAUCUCUCAUGGAAUAGUAUAAGACGAAUCAACGUCUCCAGGCAACAGAGUUAGGUUUGAAUGUGAGGACAUACAGCUGUAAGCGUAGAGACAAAACUGGACAAUAUUAGGUUGAGUUUCAUCAGCAACCUAAAGUCAACCUGGGUUGGAAUCUUCAAAAGGUGGAACGAGCACCUUCUAAUCAUCACAUUGCUGGUAUUAAGUAAUGGGACUGGCAGUUUGUGAUCCAUCCACGCCUACACUCUCGGCAUUAUGGAUCCUUGUGUAUUAAUUUUUGCAUCUUGUGCGCAUAAAGUGUCAAAGAUGCCUGCUUUGCCUAAAUCGUAUGCUAAACCUUCGUUUGGGGGGGUUGGGGCUCAAUUGUGAUGGUUUA